CACUGCAUCCGUUCUCAUCGAGGAACUAAGGCAAGAACACAAUGUCCAGGAUCUUAGCGGCCAAUUUCCACAAAGGGAGCGCAACCCAGUUGCUAGAGGAGGGUACUCGGAAGUGUUCCAUAACUACUGGAGGCCUCCCGAUGAAACCGUUCUGAUCCCUGUAUGUUAUAAAGUGCUUCGACCACCUAUUAGCAGUCUGGCGACUGUAAUCGAGCACACCAGGAAAGUUGUGAAGCACCUAAGAAGAGAAAUGAGGGUCUGGAAAGAUCUCAAUCACCCCAAUAUUGUUGGGUUUAUUGGUUAUGCAAUAGAGCACGAAGUUAGUGUAGUUACCGCUGCUCUGGUGUCGCAAUGGUGCGCAAACGGUAAUGUCGUGAAAUACCUGGAACAGAAUCCUGCCGCCAAUCGUGAGAUCCUAGUAUCCGACGUAGCUCGGGGGCUGCUAUACCUCCAUAGUCACAAUCCUAUUAUUAUCCAUGCGGACCUCAAACCACUCAACAUCCUAAUCAAUGACAUGGGGCGUGCCCAAUUGUGCGAUUUCGGACUAUCCCGCAUCCUUGACGGUCUUCCGACGGGGCAAACAACUUCUGACCAAGGAGGAACACUCCGAUUCCAGGCACCAGAGUUAUUAGGGGCCUCCGAGGAUGAUUCGCGUCCCACUACAAAGAGCGACGUCUACGCUUUUGGGUGUACGUGUGUACAAAUUCUCUUUGAUCACCCACCAUACCACUGGUUAAAAAGGGACGUUGAAGUUUUGAGGGCAAUCGAACGCCAGGUUGCUCCUUGGGCCUGGUCCGAUAAGCCCCUAGAGCAAUUACUGGCCUCUUGCUGUUUAGCAAGUGCAGCUCGUCCUUUAAUGUCUCAUAUAGUUGCUUCUGGUCUGCUCAACCCCUCAUAGCUCAGAAGAAUCAACUUUCAUGCCAGAUAAGCCAAGGGAUCGAGUCGCGUACUGUUCAUAGUAUUACACUUAGCCGUGGCUCUCGCCCGUCAACGCCGCUCCAACUGUGUCUUUGUUGCCGUAUAUCCAUUCUACUCGUCAUGUGCAUUCUGUUCUUGCACUAUGCCAUUAGAUUAGUCUUUGGCCAUGGGACAGCCAGCAAGCUUCUCGUUUGCCCACUGCCUGAUGCGCUAAUACUCGUGUGGAUCAAACUUGCUGAUCACACACGGUCUCGCUCUGCUGCCCCAUGUGCAUGUCAAAAGCCUGUAUCAUUGAGGUUGAUGUUGGUAAAACCAUCAAGCCUGAGU